AUGGCAAUCAUCUUUCUCUGUCUUUGUUUGUUGAUGAAAAGUGUUCCUUAUGGGACUGUCGACGACGACGCCCACAAGGAGCUAUGUACUGCCAACCUGACCAUCUUCAACAAGCUUAUCAAGAACGCACUUCACACAACAUGGCAAACUUAUACACUUGAAGACGUAGUAUUGCGGAGAAUCUUAGAAAGCCUUAGUUAUCCGGAGCUUCGUGGAAGUCCGGGGAUACCAAACCUUCAAGAAAACAUGAAAAGUGACUCUGUAGCCUUUUUCACUAUGGAAUAUCGCAAACCCUUGCUUCUUGGGGUGGAGGAUCUCAGCCUUUUUGAUGAUGAUGUUGAUGAUGAUUCGCAUUCGAAUAAGAGGAAAACUCCACCUUGUUCUGAGAGCAAGAGAACUGACAAAAGAUCUUCAUAUGGACAUGUUUCCGAGUAUUCCUCUAAAUAA